AUGACUCCAAUAGCACUGACCUUAGUGGAGAGAAGGAUGGCGGCUCCAUUCACUGAGAUGGAGCCUGUGGACAGCAGGUUGGCGGGGGUGGAGAUCAGUUCUGAACGUGUUGACUUUCAGAUGAUUAGGCAUCAAAACAUCAGUGACAGCCAUCCACUGGAUGGAUCUGUUGGGACCCAGGCAUCCAUUGUCCAUGCCUUUCGAGGUAGGGUCAACAUCCCAGUCAACAAUGCUUUGAUUGAAUGGGAUGGAAUCUUGGACUACGAGAAUGGUUCUGCUGUGUUGCUUUAAGCCCCUCUGGCGGCUAAGCUGUUUAGCAAGAUGGCCUGUGUCCUAGCCAAGAUGGAUGAAGGUCCAACUUUGGACGAUAUUAGUAAGGCCCUGGACCACCAGGCUUUAAAGCAUUAUCCAUCCACUCGAGGCCUGACCUACACUGUUUUACCCAGCCGGGUCAAGGACUUAGCCCAGUACGGAGUGCCCAACAAGGACGUGUGCCGACAGGUCCCCACCUACUUUGUCCUAGAGCAAAAAGAAGGUACUGCACUGGCUAUUGACCCCAAUUCCUGUUUCCAAGUCCAAAUUCUGUCCUUCCUGAGACUCUCCAUCUGUGGGGAGCUCCCUGGGCUCUGA